AUGGAGACGUGUGUUUUGAUUCCUCAAGAGUUCUCACUCGUCUUGACGGCCUCCGAUGGACGCCUGAUGAAGAAGAAGCUGCCCGAGAUGUGCGUCAAUGUCUGGACCAAUGCUCGUAUUCCUCAAGGGACACUUAUUUAUCCGUUUCAAGGAACUAUUCGCUUAGAUAAGCUGGAAGUCUACAGCUACCUAGAAGACAAUGAUGUGAGUACCCUUGUUUUAUUAAAUUGGUUACCAUCCUUCAAUGUUUAA